GACCUGGACAGCGGCGCGGGUGCGGCCACGGCUGCAGACCGCAUUCUGGCGGAGCAGGAGUUCCUGGAGAAGCAGGACGCAGCGGCAGGGGGUGAGGCCCGCGGCGGCCGGGAGAUUGACAUAGCUUUAUGUGUAUGGGUUGGGGGGCGCAUGCAUUGA